UAACCCUGAGUCGUCUUUGGGUUUACGUGAAGUGUUCAAAAACUGAAAUCUGAGCAUGAGCACCGUGAACUUCCUGCCAACGGUCAUCGAUUUCAACACAACAACAAAUAACAUGCGAGGGUAUGUAGGCCUGUGAGUGACUGCGCAUGCUCGCGUGCGUGUGGGAGUGCGUCAGUUGUGCGUGCUGUCGCGCGGAGGUCUGGGUGCGUGCAAGUCGCUCUGUGUGUACCCGUGUAAUCUCGGGUAUGCAUGUGUGCACGCACCCACAAAUGGCCUGUUGACGACAAGCAAUUAAAGGUCCGUGCCUCGUCUCGUGUGUCCAGACCACACAGACCGGCCUCCUAUCUACAGACUUUUUUCUCCUGAACAUUCUUUUACCAUCGGUCCAUCCACCCGCCUUUAAAAAAAAUUGUCAUCUCAUCGACACAGUCUCACACUUUUUUUUCUCUCUCAUCUCCGGAUAUUUUUUUGCUGGCUCCUGGCCUGCAGGCUCCAUGUCGGCGCAGGUCGUGCAGCAAGCGCUGUGCAUCCUGUUCAUCGGUCACAUCGUCAGCGGCUCCGUCAGAGAGGUCAUCAGUCAACGAUGGCCAUUAGAGGACUCCUACAGCUUCAGUGGCCGUCUGGUGUUCGAGACUGUCAGCACCAGUGUCACUGCGUGUGCAGUCAUGUGUGUCACACAUGACGUGUGCGUGACGUUCGCUUUCGCGCCAGUGACGUCAAAGGAAAGAGGUUUCUGCAGAGGCUUUGUGGCGACUCCUGCUGAUGACGUAGUGGUUGUCCAGCCAGCCAGGCUCUACUCCGUCAACAGAGGCGUCGCGUCCGGCGUAACAAUGACAGACAGUGGACAGCUCAUGACAACUUCCGGUGCAUUGGCUUUAGCAUCAUCCACUGAUGACAGCGGUUUGGAGGAGAACAUUCAGACAUCGGUAGGACUGACCUCCACUUUCACUACUUCUAGCAGCCGGCAGUCCACGAGCGUCAGAACCUACCGUCCCUGGGACAGUAAAGAGAGCAGCUGGGAUGAGGAGGGACAAUGAAGACAGAAGUAGUGCCGAGAAUUAAAUUCCUUACUGAGACGAAGGGAGACAUUGAUGAUCGUAAUGUUAGCAUGCAUACAAAUGAACCCAACUUUCUUACUUCGCAUUUAUGAACAAUAGCAACUAAUGCUUUGUGAUAAUGAAAUGUUAAGUAUUAUAAAGUAUACAAACAUAGUAAAUAUUACUUUCACUUAAUUUAGUUGCUCUAAAUUUACUAUCAUUACAUGGAGCUAAAGGUAGUGAGUUUUAUGGCUUCACGUUUUUCAGUGUUUUUUGUGUAUUCAAAAACACCGUUACCAUGGAAUUAUGCUCCUUGUUGAAAUAAGCUGAUUUUGUUCGCACUAUUUAAGGAAUAGAUAUAAAUAAUGCUUAUUUUCUCGUUCUCGUGUGUAGGUAAUGGAAAGAAUUUCGAAAAAUUGAAAAAAAAAAUACUUUUUUGAAAAUAUUUCUAUCAUAAGUUGUUUUAUUUACUGUACUAUGGUUAUACGGUUUUGUUGUGAUUGAUUUUAGUUUUAAUAAAA